CGGUGGCGCUGUGAAAAUAGUAAUGGCUGCCUCCUUGUUGCAUCGGCUUCGUGUUGUUGGAGUAAACAAAUGGGUCAGUAUUAUCCAGAACCGCUCAAUCCAAUUGUCAGUACGAGCUAUGGGAGCAUACGAUGAUGAUUUCGAGAAAGCAAAGACUCGACUGAAUUUUCUGAAGGAUGAUCCAGGAAAUGAUGUCAAAUUGAGAAUAUAUGCAUUGUUUAAACAAGCAACAACUGGAAAAUGCAACACAAAGAAACCAGGCAUGAUGGACUUUGUUGGGAAGGCAAAAUGGGAUGCUUGGAACAGUUUAGGUGAUAUUUCACAGGACACAGCCAAACAAAAGUAUAUUGAACUUGUUGAUGAAUUAGCUGGCAAAGAAAAAUCAGAAACUCCUGCUGAAAAUACGACAGCCACCUCUGGUAAAUUUACCACACUAGUAACAACAAAUGAAGGAGGUGUAUACACUAUCAAACUCAACAGACCUAAUAAGAAAAAUGCAAUCAAUUUUGAGAUGUAUGAUGAGUGGGUACUUGCUUUAAAAGAGGCAGCCGAGGACAAAAAUGUGGUGAUCACAGUAGUUACAGGUACAGGAGAUUUCUAUUGCAGUGGAAAUGAUCUUGGAAAUUUUAUGGAUAUUCCCCCUGAUGGCGUGCAAGCCAUGGCAGAAGAGGGUGGAAUAAUAUUAGAGAGGUUUGUUUCUGCUUUCAUUGAUUUUCCUAAACCUCUGAUUGGUGUCAUAAAUGGACCAGCUUUGGGGGUGUCAGUUACUGUGCUGGGUCUCUUUGAUGCAGUGUAUGCCACAGACAAGGCUACAUUUCACACCCCAUUCUCAAAUCUUGGCCAGUCACCAGAAGGUUGCAGUUCUUACACAUUUCCCAGAAUGAUGGGUGCAGCAAAAGCCAGUGAACUACUGUUGUUUAACAAGAAAAUCACAGCUCAGGAGGCAUUUGACAGAAACCUUGUGACUGAAGUCUUCCCGGAUCACGACUUUCAGAGGUCCGUCCAAACUCGUAUUCAGCAGUAUGCAAAACUUCCCAAAAUGAGCUUACAGAAGUCCAAGUUCUUGUCCAGAGAAGCAGAGCGGGAAAUACUGCAUCAGGUGAACAAAAGAGAAUGUGAGGUCUUGGUAGAGCGCUGGCAGUCCGAAGAGUGCUUUAAAGCCAUUAUGAACUUUUUCUCCAAAUCCAGCUCAAAAUUGUAGACUCUCUUCUCCUAAAAUGCCUUUGGUGAUAAUGUCUGUGUGAAAAUAGUCUAGAUUUCUGUGAUAAUCUUGUGGCAGAGAUUAAAUACUCUAUCAAAGUGGUAGACAUAUCAAACAAGUAUUAUACCAGUAUGAUAUAAGAGUUUGAGAGAUAUUUUCAGUGAAGAUGAAGAAGACGAAAGAAUUUAUAUACAUUUAGUUAUGUGCCAUGCGUGAAGAUGAUAAUUUUUUUUGAACAUUUUUGUGUAAAUAUUAAAAAAAAAAAGGAAUGUCACAUGUUGAUUUAAUAAUAUUUAUAGGAAUCUUGGUUAUGAAAUCAUAUCAUAUGAAGAACUAUAUAUUAGUAACACUAUAUUUGGAUUUUAUCAUAUUAUGCAAAUGUAAUUUGCAUUGUGUUUGUGUUUUGUUAAACUAACAAAAUGUUCAAUAAAACUAUACAUUUGUAA